GAGACAAAAUUUGCGGUAUAAAUAGUGGCCACAAACCAUUCAAUAAGUCACACAAUUUCACAAACUAUUCAGUAAUUUGUUAAAAGCCUACUUUCAAAGCCGAAUUAAUUUGCUUAUAACUGCUUAAACGAGUUGCAAAACUAAUUGAUCAGUCAAUAUGCAUCGCAAUCCAGAGAUCAAAUAUACCCAGCUCUUCAUUAACAACGAGUUCGUCAACUCUUCGGGCGGUAAACAGUUUGAGGCAAAAAACCCGACCACCGAUGAAGUGAUCUGUAAGAUCCACGAGGGAGACAAACCCGACAUCGAUCGGGCCGUACAGGCGGCCAGACAUGCCUUUAAAUAUGACAACACAUGGCGAACCAUUGACGCGUCGGAUAGGGGCCAACUGUUGUACAAAUUGGCCGAAUUGGUUGAGCGAGAUUGUGACCAUUUGGCCGCAUUGGACAGCUUAGACACCGGCAAACACUUCAAGCAGACCCGAAAGCAGUGCCUUUGGGCGGUGGAUGUGCUGCGCUAUUACGCCGGUUGGGCCGAUAAGAUUCAGGGCAAUACCAUUCCCACUGAUGGCAAACUCAUGACUUACACCCGGUUCGCACCGAUCGGUGUGUGCGGCUUAAUAUUGCCGUUUACCGUCUCGCUGUACAGCGCUUGCCUUAAACUAUCGUCAGCGCUGACCUGCGGCAAUACAGUGGUCAUCAAACCGUCCGAACAUGCCACAUUGUCCGUGUUGCAUUUGGCCAAACUAGUCAAAGAGGCCGGUUUCCCGCCGGGUGUGGUCAAUGUGGUGCCCGGUUUUGGACGCACGGCUGGCGCUGCGUUGGCCUCGCAUAUGGACGUCGACCACAUUUCGUUCAGCGGGUCCACAGAAGUGGGAAAACUGAUCCAAACGAUGGCCGGACAGUCAAACAUGAAACGAGUGACACUAAAAUUGGGCGGCAAUUCACCGCUCGUGGUCUGCGAGGACGCGGACCUCGAGAUAGCGGCCAUGCAUGCCCGGGUGGUCGAGUUGGCCAAGAAUUGGACGAUUGGCGACCCCUUUGACGAGCGAACCAAACACUGCCCGCAGAUCGACGCCAAUCACUUCAAUCACGUGAUGAAAUACAUAGAGGUUGGCGUGAAAGAGGGCGCACACCUGUUGGCGGGCGGCAAACGGUCCCGCACUAAGGGCUUCUACAUCGAGCCCACAGUGUUCGCCGACGUGUCAGACACCAUGACUAUCGCGAAAGACGAGAUCUACGGACCAGUUAUGGUGAUCAUAAAGUUUCGUACGUUUGAUGACGUGAUUCAUCGCUGCAAUGAUUCACACUUUGGUCUGGCGUCGGGUAUAUUCACCCACGAUAUUAAUAAAGCCAUGCAUUUCUCGCACCGCAUGCGAAAGGGCAACGUCUGGGUCAACACAUUCACGGCUAUAACACCGCAGACCCCAUACGGCGGUUGGAAACACUCGGGCGUCGGCUGCGAAGGCGGUCAGGACGGCCUCUAUGAGUAUCUCGAAGUGAAAACAGUAUGA